AUGAAUGUUGGCGCCAAGUUAAUCCGGUGGAAAUGGAGGUGGACGGUCUCUUUAUCUGGCUAUCCGUUUAUCUUUUCUUCUCACAGACGCCGCACCUUUUGCAUCCAGCUACACUCCUGCAAAUCUAACCCUCCAUAUCCAUUUCGUUCACCCGACGCUGGUUAUUACAAGCCCAAAGCAUUUCCGAAUACUUUGUACGAUUACAAUAUCAGAUUAACUGAGUUAGGUCGCCUUGGGAAAGUCCAUGAUGCUAGAAAACUGUUUGAUGAAAUGCCUCAACGAGACAUUGUUUCCUACGCUUCUAUGAUCACCGUCUACAUAAAGAACAACGAUCUCUUCAGCGCCGAAGCUCUAUUCCAUACAAUUCCAGAGAGAAAUAUUGUCGCUGAUUCUGCAAUGAUUGAUGCUUACACCAAAGCUGGCCGCAUGGACGACGCUUGGAGAAUCUUUGAUCAAAUGCCCCGCAGGAACGUCUACUCAUGGACCAGUUUGAUAUCUGGGCUUUUUAGAAAUGGACUUGUCAGUGAGGGACAGAAGCUGUUCGAUGAAAUGCCUGGUAAAAACGUGGUGUCCUGGACCUCGGUGAUCUUAGGUUAUGCUCAUAAUGGUUUGAUUGAUCAAGCUCGGGCUGUUUUUGAUCAAACCCCCAACAAAAAUGUGGUUGUGUGGACUGCCAUGAUCAAGGUAUACAUUGAUAAUCUCCAAACUGAUGAGGCACUUAAACUUUUUAACUCCAUGCCACAGCGUAACCUUUACUCAUGGAACAUAAUGAUUCAAGGUUGUUUCAAUGACAACAGAACUAAAGAAGCUAUUGACUUAUUCACUUCCAUGCCUAAAAGAAAUCAUGUUUCUUGGACUACAAUGGUGACAGGCUUGGCACAAAAUAGCUCUACAAGGCUUGCUAGACAAUACUUCAAUCAGAUGCCAAGAAAAGACAUAGCUGCAUGGAAUGCAAUGAUAACUGCUUAUACAAAUGAAGGCCUGAUGACUGAAGCCAAUGAGCUUUUCCAUACAAUGCCUGAAAGGAAUGUUGUGAGCUGGAAUGCAAUCAUUGGUGGAUAUGCUAAAGCAGGUCCCAGAGGCGAGUCCUUCAAGCAUCUAAUCUUUCUACUUCAUUCUCACAUUAGGCCAAAUGAGUGUACUCUCACUUCUGUGUUGACUUCAUGUGAGGAUUGUGUUGACUUAUCACAAACUCAUUCACUUGCAAUACGAUUAGGGCUUGAACAGGAGAUCUCACUUGCUAAUUCUCUCAUCACAAUGUAUGCCAAAUGUGGAGAUCUUGAAUCUGCUAAACUUGCUUUUGAUACUUUUCACACAAAGGACAUAGUCUCAUGGACAGCAAUGAUGUUAGCAUAUUCAACUCACGGAUUUGGUCCACAUGCUAUACACAUCUUUGGAAGAAUGCUGCGAUUAGGGUUUCAGCCGGAUGAAAUUACAUUCUUAGCCCUGUUAACCGCAUGUAGCCAUACGGGUCUUGUUGAUAAAGGACAGAGGUUCUUUAACUCAAUGAUGCAUGUUUACAAUGUGGGACCAAAAUCUGAGCACUAUGCAUGUCUUGUUGAUAUUUUAGGUCGAGCUGGUCAACUAGACAAGGCUCUGAAAGUGGUUGACCAAAUGCCUCAUGAUAUGAGAGAUGGUGCUGUUUUAGGAGCACUAUUAGGUGCAUGUAAGUUGCAUGGUGAUGAUGUUCUUGCAAGUGAAAUAGGACAAAAGGUGAUAGAUUUUGAACCAAAUGAAUCAGGAGGGUAUGUGUUAUUAGCAAAUGUUUUUGCUGCAUCUGGGAGAUGGGAGGAAGUUGCUAAAGUGAGGAGGGAGAUGAAGGGUAAAGUGAGUAGUAAAUUGCCAGGGUUUAGUCAGGUGUAUGUUAAGGGGUGCAAUUAUGUAUUUUUUGUGGGAGAUCGAUCUCACAUUAACUUUGAUGAGAUUAAUGAGAUGUUAAGAGAUAAGAUUCUACCAGAAAUGAAACCGAGCCAACUUCGCUCGAAGCUAUCUAAACUGCUUGGAUUGUCGAGACAGCUUGGUUCCAAAUUGCCUAGGCAGCUUGGUUGUCAACAACUUUGGCUGUUAGGCAACUUGAAUUGUGCCUCCUGUUCAUUUCCUUCAGAUUCAGUAAUUUUUUUCGAAAUCUCGUUGAUUCGAUACAACACCUUACGACGUCGACGUCUCAGGCCGGGUGGUUGUGGUCCAAUUGUAGGUCUGAAGAGCACAAUAUGUCUUGAUUAUCUAUCCAUCAUCAUGGACAUGGUGAAUGGAAGUAAUGGUAUCAACAACAACAACAACAACAAUAGCAGCAGCCAGAGUCUAGCCUCUAAGCAACGACUUCGUUGGACACAUGAGCUUCAUGAACGUUUUGUUGAUGCUGUGGCACAACUUGGUGGCCCAGAUAGGGCUACUCCAAAAGGUGUACUGAGAGUUAUGGGUGUGCAAGGUCUAACAAUUUAUCAUGUAAAGAGCCAUUUGCAGAAAUAUCGGCUUGCAAAGUAUCUCCCUGACUCCUCUUCUGAAGGAAAAACAUUUGACCAGAAGGAAUCGGGUGAUAUGGUUUCCAGUUUGGAUGGGUCAUCUGGUAUGCAAAUCACAGAAGCACUGAAACUGCAGAUGGAGGUCCAAAAGCGACUGCAUGAGCAAUUGGAGGUGCAAAGACAACUUCAGUUACGGAUAGAAGCCCAAGGGAAGUACCUCAAGAAGAUAAUCGAAGAGCAACAGAAACUUGGUGGUGUUGCUGCUGGUGGUAUAGACCCACAAGAAUCUGAUAAUAAUAAUCAAACUCAGCCUGCAAACAGCAUUUCCAUAGAUGAACCAUUAACACCUGAUGAUGAGUCAUCAGGUGGUGGUGGUGGUGAGAGCCCAAAAGAGGAUCAAGAGAGGUCAAUGAAGAAGCGACGAGUCAACAUGGAUACAGCAGUCAAACCGGGAACAGCUUUGGGGCUGAACCACCAGAUACUGGAGUCCAGCUUCACCACCACCUCCAGGCCACCAUACCAGCAUCACCAACAACAACAACAAUCAGGAGGUUUCCAGUUUGGUACUUCAUCAAUUGACAAUCAACAAGAUUAGGUCGGUAGGGCCAAUUAAGAUUGAUUCAUGUAAUGUUAAUGUGUGUCAAAGGGGUUUCUUUUUUCUUUUUUUCUAAAAAGAAUGGAGAUGAUGAAUUCAUAUGUUUGGAG